GCAGUCUCUGCAUCAGCAGUGUGAAUGAACUGGUUAUUCAAGGAUUUGUCGCUACAUUUCUAAAUCCAUGUAGAUGUAAAUUUGUGUGCUGUGUUUUCAGAGUUGUUUUCCAGAUGACAUGUUAUCUAGUUGAUCAACUUCACAUGUUUCUGUUUAUCAGGUUCUGCUAAUGAUUGAUCUGGAAAAAACACUAUUUAAGGAUGAGGUUAGAACAGAAACUACAAAGACCACAUAGAUCCACAGAGACCAGACUUGUAGACCAGUGAAAGAAUGAAGGUGACAUUGUUUUUCCCACUGCUGCUGUUCUGCUCUCUCUCUACAGCUGAACCUCCGUCAGAGUCUGACAAUGACAUUAUUCCUCGUGGAGAACAAGCUGAUUACCAGGGAAGGAAAUCUGCAAAUGUCUCUUACCAGAGACCGACCUGUCCACAAGACAUCCAUGCUGUGCUGAGAGAGAUGAGCUCCAUGUUGGCUGAGCAGAAGGUAGAGCUGAGACACCUACAGAGAGAGAACGAAGCACAAGCAGCCAAGUUGGGAGAACUGAAGCAACAGGUCCAAGAACAGGCAGGAGAACUGACUGCUGUUAAAGCCAAGACCAAUGUAACAGAAAACCAGGUGGAGGCUCUGAUGAGAGACAGAGAAGUCAAACAGGUGGCCUUCUCAGCCUCUCUGUUGGCUUCAGGCUCAGGAAUCAUGGGACCAUUUAAUGCACACACUAAUCUGGUCUUCAGACAUGUCACCACAAAUAUUGGAAAUGCCUACAGCCCAAACACAGGUUUUUUCAUUGCACCAGUGAGAGGAGCCUACCACUUUGAGUUCUACAUAGGUGCACAUGGAUCUUCACAUCCCUCAGCUGCUUGGUUGGUCAAGAAUGGACAGCACAUUUUUAUUGCAUAUGAACAUCAGCCUUCACAUUAUGGGAGUUCUUCUAAUGGUGCUACACUGCUCUUAGAGGUCGGAGAUGUGGUGUUUUUACGUCUGUUGGUGAACACAAGGAUUUUUGACAGUGAAGAUCACCAUAGCACCUUCAGUGGUCACCUGCUUUUCACUAUGUGAGAUGUUUUUCAAUUUGUUUUUAAAUUGAUUUAAAUAAAGCUUUUCUUACUUGUUUACUUAAAGACUAAAAUGUGCAUUUUCACUCUAUGGCUCUUAAAAAGUGAUAAUAAUAGUGAUAUGAUGUAAAUCUCCACAUUUUAGAAUCAGGUACUGUAAAUAGUUUAAUUUGAUAAAUGAUGCAAAUGAUUAAUCCACAAACUGUUUCAUUCUUAUUCGGCCAUAGUCGCAGACAUUUGUGAUGUUUGUGGAGCUCCUCCUGUAGACCACAUUACAUUUACUACACCACACACACAGUAGCAAGAAGCUGAUCUCCUUCACAAUUCCCUGGGCAGGAGCCAGUUCUGCUUUUUAGAUCGAUUUUCAAUGGAGAGAUUCAUGUUUUGUGAAAUUGGGACUUGUUGAAUUAGCUGUUUGUUUUAGUCAUGACUGAAUGUCAGUGUUGGUGAGGACAAAGAUCACAUAAACAGCAGCUUAUCACUGGAUGUUCUUUUUAUUUGUGUUUUAAAUCUUCAAAAGCCAUAUAUAAUCACCCUGAUUGAUUUAUUGAGGAAGCAGCGAGAGAAAAAUAAGUUUUAUCACUUGUCUAACUUUAGUUUCUCGUAAACCUUCAUUUAUUUCAGUUAACCUGAGGUAGGUCACGUUAUCUGACUAUUAAUGUUUGAACAGGUGAGGAGUAGGGGUGGGCGGAUCGAUCCAAAUAUUGAUAGUAUCGAUACCAAGUUAUGUAUUGGUGUCGGAUCGAUACCAG